AUGCAGCUGUAUCUUGAAGAGGAGGAGGAUGACGAGCAGGCCUGCGCAUCUCGCAGCCUGCCGCUGUACCAUCAGCCACCUCAAGCGGUAAUCGAAGCAACUGCAUUGGAGGAUCUUGGUCGCGCUCGACUCUUCCACCUCCAAGCCCUGCAGAAGAGCGCUGCCAGCGCUGGCAGCGGCGACAGUGACCCACUGAAUGAGGACUGGUCGAACGAUGAGUACUGUGAUCGCGACGCAGUGUCCCACUUCGUGGCGCGGGUGCUUUGCUGCGGAGACACGGCUGCACGCUCCUGGCUCUUAGCCGCCGAGGAGGCGCUUCUCCAGCAGCGAUGGAAGCAGGCGCCAUGGCCGUCAAGGCUUAGAGCACUACGAAAUGUGGGCUUCGAGCCGUGCGCCGAACAAGGCACUCUGACAAUGCACUUCAGCCAGCUCCCGCCGGUCCUGCUAGCUGAGCGGCGCUGUCGACUUGUCCGUGGGAUCGCAACUGUGAAUGCGGAGGACGUGGUGCACGUGCUGGCGCACCAUUUUCGUCAGCACCUCCAAGCCAUGUUGCUGCAGGCUGCGGCGUGCAGCCCUGCCAGUCUUCAUCCGGCGCUGCGAAGCACGAUGGACGCUCUCAGGCCCUCUCUGGAGAAGAUCCUGGUGGGAUUUGAUUCUUCGACUAGGCCAAUAGAUGAGCCAGUUGGCCUUUGCUUGGCAAACUUCGACCAGUUGCUGCGUGAGUCCUUCCCACCUUGCAUGCAGUACCUGGUCGACUUCCAGCGCCAGGGCAAACACCUCAAGCAUCAUGGGCGUAUGCAACUUCGACCCUUGCUGAGGGAAGCAGGGCUUCCCUUGCCGGAGGCACUCCGCUGGUGGCGCCGUGAGUUUUUACGUGAUCCAAACGUUCGCGAGGAAGACUUCAACACAGAGCACGCAUACCAUGUCCAGCAUGCUUAUGGUACACUGGGCAAGGGAAAGCCUGCGUAUGCGUGGAGCUGUCGGAAGGCGCUUGACCCCAAAGUGUUCCCUGCCGUGGCCGCCAAGCAAGCUCAUGGCUGUCCGUUCCGGAGCCUUGAAGGCCCAGCGCUUGAGAGGCUGCUCGUGGACUUUGCCUUGUCCCCGGCAAGCGCUGCCUCAGCUGCCUCCCUGGCGAGGGGGAAGGUCGACCCGUCCUCUCUGGGCUUGCCACCUUUUCCGACCGAAGUUCGCCAGGAAGAAAAGGCGUGCCUCUUCGUCUUUGCCGAGCGCCACCCUGGGGCUGAGCUGCCCGAUGCCUUGGGUCAUCCCAUGGAGUUCCUGAGGAGGAGCCGACGCUACUUCAACAAGCCAGAUGAAGCAAUGCAGGACUCCUCU